AAAAUAUUGUUCCUGCCUUAGAUAAAAAUUACGGAAACUUUGAAUUCUUCGACGAAAACGAAAAUUGCCGUGCCCAAGGAAGGAGUUCAACAUGCAUGACGAUUUACGAUAAAUCAUUAGCGGAAUUAGAAACAACCAAAUUCAUCAUCAUGUGAGGUAGCAGAAAAUACACAAUGUGUGAUAUAUUGCAAUCUGUUAGGGAAGAAAUUGCUGAUAUUGAGAAUGAAUGUAUUAAACCAGAUGCAGAACUUGAGGGUGUUUAUAAUGCUGCAGAGCCCUCAUUAGAAAGCAUGCCACUUGAGAUUAUAUUGAAAAUAUGCUCAUAUUUGGAUGCAGAAUUUCUUAAAACUGUUCUAGGCAAAGUUUGUAGGAGAUUUGAUGAUAUUUUAUCUGAUGUCAGUCUAUGGAAGUAUAGAGUGAGCUGUAAAAUUAGUGGAAAAUUUCCACCAUUGUCCAAUUUGGACAAUUCAUAUGAGGAUGAAAUGGACUGGACUGAAAUAUGUAUUGAAAUGGAGAGUGAACGGAACAAAUGGUGUAAUAUUGACAAGGCAAUGAGCCACUUUGUUAUUAAAGAUGUUCAUUAUGCAUCAGUUGAUGCAGUGAUCUUGGUUAAUAAAGGUAAGACAUGUAUAUCGGGCGGACGCGAUAGGUGCUUAGCAUUAUGGAAUGUGAUUGACUUUAAGCCAGAAGAGAGCAGCAAAGUUAACACUGUUCUAAAUGAUUUAAAGCCAACAAAAGUAAGGCACGAUGCACAUUCUGGUUGGAUAUGGGAUCUCGCCACUCGAGAUGACCAAGAUUAUUAUAUUUAUUCAGCAUCAUGGGAUAAUACCGUCAAGGCGUGGGAUAUUAGCAGUGAAUUUGAAUGUGUAGAAACAUUUCAGUGUGGCAUGUCUGCCCUGUCUGUAAUAGCUUAUGGCUACAAUGUGAUGGCGGGCUUAUAUUCCAAGAAGAUAUUGACGUUUGACGUAAGAAAUGGACCUACACCUGUUAAUACCUACAAACCUCACGGAGGACCUGUAUUAGGACUAACGACUUAUGGCAAUCUAGUCGCAUCUGUUAGUGAAGACAAAACUUUAGCUAUAUUUGAUAGAGUAGCUGGAAAAAUUAUGAAGAAUGACAUCAAGAUACCAUCCAAUAAGGCAUACCCAGUGUGUUUGAGUUGGAAUACUUAUGCCUUAUAUAUUAGUGAUUCAAAAGGCUCCCUACAUCUCUUCAGUCCUAGUAAUCAUGAACAUGUAAGGUCACACAAACUCUGGCCAGAAUCAGAAUCAGAGACUGAACGAGUAAGUAAGAUAGUUGGUUGUCACCAAGGCCAGGGGACACUGAUAUGCUGCUCUGAUAGAGGAGAAAUCAAAUUUUUAUACAAUUGCAGUCCGCCUAAAGAAUAUCAUAGUAUUCAAACAAAUACAGUUGACGUCACAAAGUUGCGAUAUUUGAAUGGAGUUUUAGCCGUUGGUACGUGUGAUGCUGCUCUAGAAUUUUGGAUACCAAAUGAAGAAUUUGAUAAGCCCAACUUAUGAACGAAUCUCAAUAAUUCAUUUUGAGAGUAUA